GACUUGGUGAUUGGUCGUAUGUUACCGACUCUUUGUAUUUAAGCCAAUGAGAGAAAAGCUGACAUUUACGAAGAAUUCCAAUUAGAUGCGGUGUCUGGCGGGUGUCAGUGCAGUUCAAACAGGUGUUGGGCGGAACAAAAACAUUGCCUAAACAACAAAACAGCAUGAAUCAUCUGAGAUAUUUAAAGUGUAUUUGAUUUGCUGCAAGGAUAGGAGAAGGUAUGGCGGAAGAAAUCGGUUUGAACUCUAUGAAGCAGCGGAGGAAGAAGAAAUCUUCCAGGAGGCCUCCGUCCAGCCCAGACCCCGAGGAGGAUGUACCAUCACCAGUUCCAGGUUCUCGGGUCAAUGACCUCCGACCCAAGACUAAAGCCAAGCUGAACCAGCUACUGGAAGCUGCCAUGGAAGAGGCAAAGACUGAGGAGGGAGGGAAGAAAAAGAAAAAGGGAAAGAAGAAACCCUCAGCAGAAACAGUGCUGGAUGCCCUUAGGGAGGGUGCAGACCUGAGGAAAGACAGUGCCGAUGAUUUAAACAGGAGUAUGGAGAACAAUUCAUAUGACAGUCCUCGGAACAACAAGAACCGGAGGAGACAGGAGGAGUCAGUCAGCAGGAGCACAGACACCUUAGAUGAGGGGGAGAGGUCACCAGGCAAGAAGAAGAAAAAGAAGAAAAGCAGACAGACAACAGAGGAUACAGAUCAGGGAGAUGAGCCAAUGACAAUAGAGGAACUAGCCUCUACCAAGAAAAAGACGAAGAAGAAACGCCCACCGUCAGCCUCACAUUCUGACAUGACCAAAGCGAACAGUGAAGAGAUGCUGGACCAGUACGAGCAGGCCCUGGAGACACGGCAGGAGGAUGAGCAGGAGGAGGAGGGGGAGGCCAGUCCUCGCAGGAAGGGCAAGGGGAAAGGGAAGAAGAGCAGGAGAAGAAAAGCUGAGUCAACAGAAGAGGAAAUUGUUGAGAGUCCCAGGAAACAGCUGGAAGAUGAGGGGAAAGUCUUGGGCAUCACCGUUCACAAGUCCGACCCUCUCAAGACUGACCUGUUCAUCCUCCAUCCACUGGUCAGGGUCCACAUCUGUGACAUGGACACUGGGAACUAUGUCAGGAAGUUAGACAAAAAUCGUCCAGUAACAUCUUUCUAUGAGACCCAGCGGCGAGAAGUGGAGUACAUCCUCCCAAUCAUGACUCAGCCAUUUGACUUUAAGAAGAAGAAGUCCAUGUUGCCAGCCUGGGAGGAACUUCUUAUCUUCAACGAGAACUUCAAUCUCUUUACCCAGGAGGAAGACCCAAGAGUGGUUGUCCUGUUUGAGGUGUUGGACUUUGUGACCAUGAGUGUUGCCAGUAACAACUACAGGUCAGAGGGUCAGCAGGGGGGCUGGCACAGGAUAGCAUGGGCCUUUCUAAAGGUUGUUGGUUCCAAUAAGAAUCUAAACACAGACAAGAAGGUCCGUUUGCAGCUGUUCUACCCACCGUUUAAGUACAAGCCCAAACCAGAUGUGGUAGAUGUGUUUGAUUGGUGGCAGAACCUUCCCCGACAGGUCUACCCGUCCACGCUGUACGUCACGGUCAAGGGUAUUAAGAACCCUGGGAAGGUGGAGGCAGCACCUAGGUCCAUGGUAGCACUGCAGGAGGAGAAAGGCAGGAUGACUUACAAAGAGAUGAAACUUACAGCAAAGCUGAAGGACAGAACCUCCAGAACAAGAGAUGAGACAGAAGGACCAGGCAGGUGGAGCAGGUUGAAAGGCCAGGUGUGCAGACUGCCCAACAAACAGACCCUGUCCCUGCAGGCAGGCAGGAUGGGCUGUAUGGUCGUCAGGUUCUCUCCUAACGGCAGGAUGCUGGCCUGUGGUUGUGCAGACAAGGACAGUUAUCCCAUCAUGAUUUAUGAGAUUCCAGACGGCAGUCUGAAGGGUACAUUCCUGGGUCAUCACAACAUUGUUUACGAUCUGUCCUGGUCACCUGACAACAACCGGCUCUUCUCAGCAUCUUCUGAUGGGACAGCAAGGGUCUGGAAUGCUGAUACCCUGGCAACCAGUGCGGAGAAGGUCCUACCUCACCCGUCCUUCGUGUACACGGUCUCCUGCCACCCCGUCCAGCCAGGGAUCAUCGUGACCGGCGGGUACGAUCACGUGAUCAGGGUCUGGAUCUCCCAGGGUGACGGUGUGUACGGACAGCUGCUGAAGGAGAUGGAAGGUCACCAGGGACUGGUCAACUCUCUCUGCUUCGACAGGGAGGGGAUGCGGAUGUUCUCAGCUGACAGUGAGGGGGUCAUCAUCAUCUGGAACACUUUUGUACAUGAGCAGCCCAGGAGAGACCCCGUGGCUGAAUGGAACCUGCACCAUCAGAUUAGGGAGGAAGAACUCAGGGGUGUGACCAUCAACAGUAUUCAGCUGCAUCAUGGUGGGCGGAGACUGUUGGUCCAUGGCAGGGACAACACAGUCCGUCUGGUGGACCUGAGACUCUACUCCGUCAUGCAGAGGUACCACGGUGCACUGAACAGCCGUCAGCAGGUCCGCAGUGUCCUCACACCGUGUGGGUCGUUUGUUAUCGCCGGCAGUGAGGACUCCUGUGCUUACGUCUGGAACACUGAGACAGGAGAUAAGGUGGCUGUGUACAGGGAGCUGGGGUACCAGAACACGGUAUGCGGGCUGGACUUCCACCCACACGAUCACAUGGUGGCCUUCUGUUGCUAUGGAGACAAUAACCCUAUCCUCAUCUACACAUAUGACCAGAAAGUUGCCAGACUAGAUGCUGGAGUGAUCUCAGAUGACCUCCCACAGCCCAUGAGCCCCGUCAGUCCCGUGGGGAAGACUCCAGUCACCCCAUUGGCCACACAGUCCACUUUCAGGGCAGAGACACCAAUGGGAGCAGACCUUACAUCUCUGCAUGAGGAGUCAAGAAGAGCCAAUCGGAUGGACAGAGCCAUUCAGCUGUUGAGCUCAGUUUCUAGGUCGCCACGAGGAAGCUACCAAUCCACUCCAGGGGUGCAGGGAACUACCAUGUUAAACAGUACAUGGGGGUCAACUUUUGACAGGACACCCUACACGCAAAGUCCCCUGAGUACUUGGAACCAGCAGCGUGGCUGGACACCAGACUUUGUCCCUGUGGGGGGACGACCAGGUAGCCCGGGUAAGGGGUCAGCACCACAGGUCUCAUUCCAAGCUCAGCGUGCCGACCAUAGGAAGAGGCGUGGGGACCCACCCCGCGUAACCUUCGACCUCGGAAGUGCCAAGAAGGGUCCAUCUGUCAGUGUGCGAGCCAACCGAGCCACAUCUCCACUCAGACAGACUGUGGUUGCGUUAUACGAUUACCAGGCUAACCGGUCAGAUGAGUUGACCAUCCAGCGAGGAGACAGGAUAACUGUCCUGUACAAGGAUAACGAGAACUGGUGGUUCGGUGAGCUGGAGGAUGGACAGCAGGGGUUCUUCCCUUCUAACUACAUCACCGAGGAAGCUGACUGGCAGGACCAGGAGACCCCCCAGGGUGAGGCUGCAGCAGGGGAAGAGGAAGACACCAACACCAGGAUGUCAGCUGUGACGACCAAGUCUGGUGAACUGAAGAUUCUGUCUGGACCUGACAGUGAUACAGAGGACACUUCACAAAAGUCAAGAUCAAGACGCAAAAAGAAGCAGGGAUCAAAAGAGAAUCUAAUAAAUACUGAGGAUGAUUCACUUGUAAGAACAACCAAGUCAAGCAGGAGGCUGAAGAAAAGAGAACAGAUCCCUGCACCGGGAUACAAUAAUUAUGGCUUUGAGAACUAGAGUGUAAAAACCACAUGGCAAAAUAACAGAACUUCUCCCUAAUAUAUGAGUGUAGCAAUACUCAGUUGGUACAUAGACACUCUUCUUGUACCAUAUUGCAUGUAGGUGUCUGUGUCAUGUUUUGAUGUAACACAUGUACAUGUAUCUCACAUUGUUAUGGUGCUGAUUUUAGUUUAUUUUACACUAUGCCUUUUAUUACUUUUUAAGAAAUUUUUUUUUAGAAAGUUGUGAUGCCAUAGAUAUUAAUAUGUCAAUGUACAUGUAUGGUUUUGUGCCAAAAGUCAAAAGAUGCACAUCAUGACAUUAGUCAGAUUUGAAUCACUGUAACAGUUGCAGAGUAUACAUGUAACACUAAGUGCUAAAAUAUAGCCGUAUUUUAUGCUGUAUUUCGUCAUUGUCAUAGUAAAUUAGUACUGAUGUCCUUUUCCUGUGCAAAAUGUGCCCUUUUAAAGCAGGCAAUUCACAUUGCACACAUUGUAUUGUACAUAUUGUAUUCUGAAUGUAUUUUUCUAUCAACCCACUUUACAGUGUAUUACUUGUAUUAAUCACUCUUGUUUUACUUUUUAUGUAAAGAUAUAGUCUUCAAGUGUUGUUGUGAGAUUGCAAUUCAAAAUGUGCUUCAUAAAAGUUCAGUUCUAUGUAACUUAGGGCAUAUGCAAUCGACCUGAGGUUUAUAAAUCUGUGUAGAAAUCAGGCUAUGUGGUUGCUUUUCUCUAGUAACUCAGGGAGGAAGGCCUUACACCAGGGGCACGUGUGAGUGUGUGCUACACUAGCAAGUAUUUUAACAUACACAUGUAAGGCAAAGGACAAGCAAGGCACAUAAAACAAACAUAACAUGAUACUGCAGCAACUGUAUAUUUUGUAUAGACAGUUUUCCUCUUUUGUAAGUUCUUUAAAACAUUUGCCAACAGCUGUUCAGCACUA